GUGAAGGUUGGCGAUUUGGGGCUCUCCAAAGUGAAAUGCCAGACACUUAUCUCAGGUGGUGUGCGUGGGACCCUUCCAUGGAUGGCACUCGGGCUUCUGAAUGGCAGUAGUAAUCUUGUCUCGGAGAAGGUUGACGUUUUUUUCUUUGGAGUCGUAAUGUGGGAACUUUUAACAGGAGAAGAACCAUAUGCAGACUUGCAUUAUGGCGCUAUAAUCGGCGGUAUUGUGAGCAACACACUGCGGCCGACUAUACCAGAAUCAUGUGACCCCGACUGGAGAGCUCUCAUGGAAAGAUGCUGGUCAGCUGAACCAUUGGAGAGGCCGAGUUUCAGUGAGAUUGCAAAUGAAUUGCGGGUUAUCGCAUCAAAGUUCC